AUGACAACUUUUCACAAGGUUCUUUUGAUUGUCACACUUUUGUCUCUCUCAUGUUUGGUCUUUGUUGUGGAGGCUAAAGUCAAAAAAAAUCAUCCCACAUUUGAAAUUCCAAUCCCUGGACCAGAUCAAGGAAUACCUAAGCCUGAUUUUGAAACAAAUUCUAAAGGACUUUGGGAGAUUCUUUCUAUAAAUUCAGGUGUAUCUGCAAUGCAAAUCAAUUUGAUGCCAACAAACAAGAUUGUUGUCUAUGAUGCUACCAUUUUUCGUAUCUCUAGACUCCUAUUACCAAAGGGGGUACCUUGUGUUCCUUUCCAAGAUUUGAAGAGCAGAGAAGAUAAAGUUGAUUGUUUUGCUCAUUCAAUGGAAUAUGAUCUUGCUACAAAUCAAGUUAGGCCACUCAAGGUAACAGCAGAUCCAUGGUGCUCCGGUGGAGGACUUGCACCUGAUGGGACCCUCAUAAGUACUGGUGGUUUCCUAGAUGGAGCAAAAACAAUCAGAUACUAUGGUGGUCCUGCUGGUUGCAAAGGCGCCAAUUGUGAUUGGAGGGAAUAUAACAAUGCAUUGCAAGAAGCAAGAUGGUAUGGAACUCAAGUAAUCCUUGCAAAUGGAGAUUUCAUUGUAGUAGGAGGACGUAGAGCAUUUAGCUAUGAGUACCUCCCAAGAAUAGAAGGCCAAAGACCUCUAAAACCCUAUUUCUUUCCAUUUCUCUAUGAAACUUCAGACCUUGAAGAAAACAAUCUUUAUCCUUUUGUUCAUCUCUCAACUGAUGGCAACCUUUUCAUCUUCUCGAAUAACCGUUCACUUCUCCUUAACCCUGCCACCAACAAAGUUGUCCGCACCUUUCCGGUCCUCAAUGGUGGUUCCCGUAAUUAUCCGGCUUCCGGCAUGUCUGCCCUCCUCCCUAUAAAUCUAGCUACUAAUGAACCCAUUAAGGCAGAGGUCAUUGUUUGUGGUGGCAACUCACAUGAUGCUUUCUAUUUGGCUGAACAAAAACAGAAAGUAUUCCAGCCUGCUUCCAUAGAUUGUAACAGGAUGGUAAUCACAGAUCAAAUCGCGAGAUGGGAAACUGAAGACAUGCCAUCAAGGAGAAUAAUGGGAGAUUGUAUAAUCCUCCCAAAUGGACAACUUUUGUUCAUCAAUGGUGCACAAAGGGGAACAGCUGGAUGGUGGGAUGCUGAUACUCCAAACCUCACACCAGCAUUGUAUAAUCCAGAGAAACUAAAGGGUCAAAGGUUUACACAAUUGAAUCCAACACAAAUAUCAAGAAUGUAUCAUUCAACUUCAGCAUUGCUUCCUAAUGGAAAAAUUUGGGUAGCUGGAAGUAACACACAUGAUACAUACAAGGAUGUAGAUCAAUUCCCAACUGAGACUAGAGUUGAAGGAUUUUCUCCACCAUAUUUAGAUCCUGCUCUUGACAAGUUUAGACCAAUAAUUGAUGAGGUAUUUUCAACAAAGAAUUUGAAGUAUGGUCACAAAUUAGAGACAAUAUUUAAAUUGCCACAAGAUAUUAAUAAUAAUGUGGCUAAGAAUGACAUUAAGAUUACUAUGUAUUUUCCACCUUUUACUACUCAUGGAUAUAGUAUGAGUCAAAGGCUUGUAGUUAUCAAGAGUAGAACUAUGUUCAAAAAUGUCCAAGGGCUUUUUAGUAUUGAAUCAUUGGCGCCGCCGUCCGGUGAAGUUGCUCCUCCGGGAUACUAUAUACUCUAUGUUGUCCAUCGUGGCGUGCCUAGCAAGGGAAUGUGGGUCAACAUUGAGGAGUAG